AUGGAAGACAUGAACGAGGUGUUGGAGAGUCAAAUGCGAGAAACUAGAGAAAGAAGGCGUAGACGAGCUUCAGGCAAAAUGGUGCAGAGGGAACUAGAUCAGCAAAUUGCCACAGCAGUGGCUUUGCUUGAUGAAGAAAACCAAAGCCGCCGUGGUUCACGAGAAGGCCAUGGCCCGAAUAUGGACAGACAUAGACAUUCUUGGGGUAAGAAUGUUCUAGAAGAUGAUUUUAUCCCAACUUCUCUGUACUCUGAUAAAAAUUGUGCUGGAAAUUUAGGACUUCUUCCCGAGCAAAAGUUCACUGCUGUUAUACGAAUGUUGGAGUAUGGGUCAUCUGCUGAUCAGGUGGAUGAGAUUGCCCAGAUGGGGAAGUCCACUGCUUUGGAGAGCUUGGUGAGAUCUUGUGAUGCAGUCGAAACUCUGUACAACAGGGACUACCUGCGCAGACCUACGCCUAGGGUCCUGCAACGGCUUCUACAAAAAGCCGAAGCUCGAGGAUUUCCAGGAAUGGUUGGUAGCAUCGACUGCAUGCACUGGCAGUGGAAGAAUUACCCAACUGCUUGGCAAGGAGAUUAUGAGAAUCGGAAAGGGCAAAAAAGUAUCAUCCUUGAAGCCAUUGCAGGAUUUGAUACAUGGGUUUGGCAUGCUUUCUUCGAAGUUGCCGAAUCUCAAAACGACUUGAACGUCCUGGGUCAAUCCCCGGUGUUCAAUGAUGUUUUGAGAGGUGAAUCCCCGAAUGUCACCUAUGAAAUCAACAAUACCGUCUACCAGAAUGGGUAUUAUCUAGCUGACAGCAUCUACCCGAGGUGGACCACAUUUGUGAAAUCAAUUCUGCAUUCGCGAUCCCAGAAGCAGAAAUUAUUUGCUGCCCAUCAAGAGGGGUACAGAAAACAUGUGGAAAGGUGCUUUGGUAUCCUCCAAGCCCGGUGA